UAUGCAAAAAACCAAAGCGGAGCCGAACCAAAGUUUGGACAAAAAUUUCAAUUUACGUUGCUUCUCGAAAGUUUUGUGUAUCCAAAAUUACUAUCCAAAGUAAAAACUUACGAAUAUUCAUUCUCACUGAAAGUGAUAGUAAAUGUUAUUCAAAGUUUUAGUGUUAAUGCAUCAGUAAAAACUUUAAAAACUCGAGAAUUCUAAACUUUUCCAGCAUCCAGCAACAACCACAAAACACAUUACACCGGCUGGAUUCCAAUUCGAAAGACCAUGGAAGACAUUAAGACAAAUUUCGAUAAGAUUAUGGCUCAAUUCAAUGACAGCGUAGCUCAUGUUGCUCCAAAGAAGCUAAGUUUUGAUUACACCAACGAUUCUUUGAGUGAAACUUUGCCAAAAAAGCGUAAGCUCUCGAAUAGCCUGAACAACUCUUUUGGCAAACCAGCCCUAAACGAUAGUUCAAGUUCUGUACGAAUUGCUAGUGCUGAUACUUCUCUCAAUGCAUCUCUUCCACCCAGCCCAUGGGAGAGCCGACGCAUUCGUGCUGAUUUGAUCGAAGCCAAAGCUAGAAUUGCCAAAUUCAAGCAGGAAAUCGAACGUCAGCACAAGAUUCGUCAGGAAAUGGAAACAAUGUACGAUAGCAAAGUACGUGAACUUACCAAACAAUGUGAUUACUCCUCGAACAAAGUCCAAGAUUUGGAAAAGCAUCUGACUGCAAUGAGAAAAAGGGAACAACGUGCGAAGUCCGAGCUGACUGCCGCCAAGAACGAGCUCAACGAACAGAAGUUGUCCUACGAAGAGACCAUUCAUGAGUUGCAACGCACUAAUGCUUCGAUCGAAGAAAAUGCUCGUCGCAUGCAGCACGACUUGACCAAUGAAAUCAGCACCUAUCGCCGGCACACCGAAAGGCUCGAUUUGGAAUUGGAACUUGUGUCUACAGAACUGCGAAGCGUCAAUACUAUUCUUGAAGAUCAGAAGGAAAAAAUCAUGGCAUACGACGAACUCGAGUUGAGUUUGGAGAAAGAAAGGCAGGCCAGCAGCGAAGCAAGAUCUCGUGUAAAGCAGCUUGAAUAUGAGAUAUCUAACUAUGCCGAUUGGAAGGAGAUCACCAAGAACACUCAAGCUCGUCUGGCGAGUAUUCCAGACUUAGACAAGGAGAUUGAUCGGUUGAAAACAAAUAACAAGAACUUACACGAAGUGUUGGGCGAUAAGCUGCUCUUGGAGGAGCAAGUUCACGAUCUGAAAAGUCGAUUGGAAAAAUACGAAAACUCUAAGAAUGAGGCCGUUACAUUGCAAGUGAAAUUGACAAGCCUCGAGCAAGAGGUCAAGGAAUGGGUUAAAGUGGCCCAAGAUCAUUGUCUUCCAAAUACCCUUGUAAGUCCGAUUGCCUUGCGUUCUCGCAUCGAACAAAUCCUUCAAAAUGACAUAGUUCUAGUUUCGGAAAAGAGUUCCAGCCAAUGCGAGAAGAAUUCAAUUGAAACACGAAUGCGCGAUUUGCAACAACAAGUCGACACUUAUACAAAGAACAAUGAGAGUCUUAAGGCGGCCUUAAAACACCACAAAAGCAUCCUGCUAAGGGUCCAAAAGAAACUGAUGUUGGUGGCCAAGGAGCGCGAUUGUUAUAAGCAAUUGCUGGAAAACUUCGAGAAAGAUCUAACUAUUUCGAAUGCAGUCGAAGUGGCAAAUCCCGAGUCGCAGCUGCGUUGUCGUUUGGAUAUGUUGGAGAAGACACUUGUUGCUUAUAAGGAUAUGUGUGCAAAUCUAGAGAAAGAAUUAUUUGCACAGAAAUUGAAUCCAGAAGUUUCACCUUCGUCAUUGGAUUGUGGAUUGAAUGAAAGCUAUGAACAUUUUAAAAAAGAAAUUGAAAAUCUACGCAUGGAAAAUGAUAGAUUAAAGAGACGUAAGGAGGAACUAGAAUUGGAAUUGGAGCACAGAUGUCUCAAGGGUGACUUCAAUAUUGGAAAGUAUAAGGUCGUGCACUUAUCAAACAAUCCAGCAGCAGAAGCAUAUGAAAAUGCUAAUAAUCGCUUGGAAAAAUUACAAGCCGAAAUCGAACGUCUCAAACGUCGCAAUCAGAAAUUAGAAGAAGACAAGGAAGAUAUAACUGGUCGUCUAAAUGAAACAUCAAAUAUGACAGUCAAUAUCAAAGAAUUGAAUACUCUUCGUGCUGAAAACGAAUCGCUAAAUAAUAAGAACAAAAAAAUGAAAGAUUAUUACCGUUCAUUGAAUUUAGAAUUUCGUGAAGUAUGCUACAUGUUGUUUGGCUAUAAAAUCGAUAGAAUUAUGAACAAUAAUAAUUAUAAAAUAUCCAGCAUGUAUGCUGAAACACCAGAUGAUUAUCUAAAUUUCAGACUCAAUGAUUCAGGUAUUCUUGAUAUGUUGGAAACUCCAUAUUCGGUAUCACUUAAAGAAAUGAUGCAGUCGCAGUUGGCUGCUCAUAAAUCGCUACCCGCAUUCCUAAGUACAUUGACGUUGGAACUAUUUAACAAAGUUACCGUUGCUGAUUAGAUUUAAUACUAUCUCAUAAUAUCAUAAUAAUAAAAACAAAAUCCGUAAAUUUCAUGUAUGAACUUUAAUUCGUAAGAUAUUAUUUUUAUUGAUUGUCUACAGCUUGAUGGGCAAAUAAAUUCAACUAAAAAAAAACAAUGUAUGGAAUAAAUUGUAUGUUCAGCUAAACAA